GGUACACAACAAACAUGGCGUCUCCCGGCGAGGUACUUGUGGCUGAUUCACACGUGGGUAAAAAGAAGAAGCCUCCAGCUCGGUACUGGCAGGAGCCACAGAAGGAGACGGAGGAAACAAACAAGAAUGGACCAAAAGGAGAGCAGACUGAGCAGCCCGUGGGUCAGGAGAAGCAGAAGAGAAAGAAGGCACAGAAGGCACAGAAAAGGAAGACACAAGAGACUCAAAUGGAUGGAAAGAAAUUCAUUUCAGGGAAACCUGACCCUUUCCCUGGACCGGCUCCUAUCCCAGCAGACAGGUUGGCUAAAUUCAAAAGGAAAGACAAAUUACAAAAACCUCACCGCCAGCAUUACAAGCUCAAGAAUUUGAUAACUCAUUCAGAAGAAGCUUCAGAAAUGGCCCAGAAACAAGCCGCUCGCUUUGACCUCCUUCUCCCAGAGGAUGCUGGCUUUCUAGAGGGAGAUGAUGAUGAAGACACGUGUUUGAUCUCACAGGAGGAUAUUGCAAAUGCUGUGGAUAUAACAUCUGGAGCAAAGUAUUUCAAUCUCAAGCUGUCUCAGUUUGGACCGUAUCGAGUGAAUUACAGCCGGACUGGACGUCACCUGCUUCUUGGUGGGAGGAGAGGCCACGUGGCUUGUAUAGACUGGCAAUCCAAGCAGCUCAUGUGUGAGAUAAAUGUGAUGGAGUCUGUCAAUGAUGUCAAGUGGCUUCACAGUGAGACCAUGUAUGCAGUGGCUCAGAAGAAGUGGUUAUACAUCUAUGACUCCAAUGGAAUCGAGCUUCACUGUAUUCGCAAAUUCAAUGACGUCCUUCAGAUGCAGUUCCUCCCGUACCACUUUUUGCUCGCUACAGCGAGCUCUACAAGCUUCCUCCAGUACUUGGAUGUGUCUGUGGGAAAAGAGGUGGCCGCUAUCUGCACCAAGACCGGCCGCCUGGACGUGAUGUGCCAGAACCCGAAUAAUGCCAUCAUCCACCUCGGCCACUCCAACGGCACAGUCACCCUCUGGUCACCAAAUCAGAAAGAAGCCCUGGUGAAGAUGCUUUGUCACCAAGGCGGUGUGCGAUCAGUCACUGUGGACAAGACGGGCACGUACAUGGUUACAUCUGGAAUGGAUAAAAAGCUAAAAGUCUACGACAUUAGAACCUACAAACCCCUCAAUUCCUACUUCCUUCCUGCUGGAGCUUCAUGUUUGUCCCUCAGCCAGAGAGGUCUUUUGUCUGCAGCCACAGGAGACAUUGUCCAGGUGUACAGGGAUGUGUGCAGCUCACCAGUCGUUAAACCCUACAUGGCCCAUAGGGUUCGAGGAGCCGCCUGGGGGCUGCACUUCUGCCCCUUUGAGGAUGUCCUUGGAGUUGGACACGGAGACGGCUUCACAAGCAUGCUUAUACCAGGUGCUGGUGAGCCUAACUUUGAUGGUCUGGAUGCAAAUCCAUACCGAAGUGCAAAACAGAGGCAGGAGUGGGAGGUUAAAGCCCUGCUGGAAAAGGUUCAGCCAGAGCUCAUCACCCUGGAUCCCACAGAGCUGGGAUACGUCGACAACGCUACCUUUCAGCAAAAGCAUAAAGACAGAGUUCAAGCUCUGGGAUUUGACCCGCUCGCUAAAGAAAAAUUCAUUCCCAAGUUCAAGAAAAAAGGUCGUAGUUCUACUGGCAGUGUUGAAAAGCGCAAAAAACAAGUGGCUCACGAGGACCAGAGGGAGCUUAUCAAGAAAACGGUGGAGGACAGGAUGAAAAUGGAUGAAGAACACAAGAAGAUGGAGCAAAAGAAGGCAGCACGAGCCAGCCAGAAAUCUGCUCUUGACAGAUUCAGAAAAUAAAAAAGGACCCAUUGUGAAGCUCAAAACGCAGGGACAUUCUGUGGGAGCAACCUUUUGAACUACACAUAGAAGUCGUGGGCAACUGAGGUCUGGCAGUCCCAACAGGCAACAGCUCAUGCAGUCAUUGCUGAGAGUAGGGAUGGGCCUGCUCUGUUUAAUGUCUGUAGCCUGAAGCUCAUUCUCUUUGAGUGACAACAUAACGUGACGUGCCAUAGCGGCCAUUCUCUCUCGUCCAGAAUCUGGGUGCAUUUUUUUCUAAAACCAGUGAGCACAUUUUCAAGAUUUUUUAUUUGAUCUUUUUUCCCAUUUGAGUUAUAGUAACUACAAUCAAUAAUAGUUGAUUAUCAAGUCAGCAGUUAGAGAACCCGCAUUUACUCCUUUUUAUUUCCAGAUGUGAACAAGAAAAUGUCAGAGAAGCAAAGUGAGUUUAAUACUGAUGAUCAGCUGCUGAUGAUCAGUGCGAGUGAAGUCUAGUUGAAGGGGAAAGGAUGGGGUGUUACACAUUUUGGUUAAAAGUUAAUUGCCGCUAAAUCCAGAAUGACAUGUAUUACACGAGAUAAAAAUGAGCUUUCAAAGCUCCCCCUAAAAUAUUUCAACACUGUUUCUGGUCAAUCUGGCUCAUCUGAGAAGUUUAAAGCGACACUACGUAACUUUUCCACCUUAAUAUCAUAUUUCCAGAGUCAUUGUGAUGGUACAUCAACUUCCAACAGGUUUAAUGACACCUCUGUCAUGGUCUGAGGGAGUCUGUAUCUCCUUCACUGGCACUAUGUAACUUUGAGGAGCAUGGUAGGAACCCUGCCACACUAAAAAACUACAAAUCGUUACGACUUUGACUGCUUUACGGCAUACGUCACUUCCCCCUCCUUCCCGAUUCGCAGUCGAGACGAAAAUGGGCGGGGCGUGGAGCUCAGAGCUCCGCAGAACCUGUUGCUGCGUUGCUGCUGCAGCAGCUCCACAUAACAGACGUGGGGAAAAGAUCCUAAUGGUUUAACUUUUCAACGGUUUCCUGCUCGGAGGCAGAACCACGCAGGCCAAGUAUCUGAUAUAACAGAGUAAAGGAGUGAAAGAGUCGUCGGCUCGCUUUGGAUCGCGGCUGUAACGACCAAACACACAGUAAAGCCUGAUUUAUGGUUCUGCGUUAAAUCGACGCAGACUUACGGCGUAGGGUACGUGGCGACGCGCAACGUACGGUGCGUGUGGCCGCGUACCCUACGCCGUAGGCUCUGCGUCGAUUUAACGCAGAACCAUAAACAGCCUUAAACCACAAACACUCACACAGACCGGGGUUGGAUCAUUCACACGGGUUUUAUUCCCCACUUCGCCAGCUAAACGCAGUUGCUGGCCAGCUCUCUGCGGUGCAAUUAACCCCAAUCUUCAGAUAAAACUAGUUUGUUGAGGAAAAAAUAUUAACUCUUAUUUGUAGCUGCAGAGGAAAAAAAUAAUCUCACGAGGAAAAAAAAAUAUUGCUCACGCCUCGCUCGGAGCCUCUUCAACAUAAUAUGAAAAAAAAAAAAGAAAAGAGAAGUAAGAGGGAUACAAAACAUGUACUGUAUGUUGUACUAAUAUACAAAUUUAUUGAAACACAUGGGUCUUCAGUAAUGAUUUCAUAUGGAUCCAGACCGUUAAUAAUCAUUAUUUUCUCCAUAUACCGCUCCCUGGCUUCCUUGUUUAAGGUAUCCCGGUAAAUUCCAGUUCCUUUCCAGCAGUUUAACAUCUUUUUUUGCGUUCCUUCUGUUCACUUGGUGAAACAGAAAAGCGUCCCGUGUUCUCUCAUCAAAACAAAUGCAGCGACGGGACAGGAGUUUUCCAGCAGUACGCGCUGGUGCUCAUGGGAAACGUAGUGUUCUUUCUGGUAAAACACUACCGAUUUUGUCCACAAGAUGCCGCCAAACUCAGAAAAGCUGAAAGUUACGUUGUGCUGCUUUAAAUGUUAAUAAAAGAUGUUUUAAUGUUUGUGGGUUUCUUAUUUUGAGAUUUCUGGGGAAUAGCUUCCACCAAACACAUUCUCUUUGCAGUGACGCUCAAGCAUUCUUUGGUUUUCUGUACUUCUAAACAUUAAAAGGAAAAUAAGGACAAGUAACUAAGACUUUGCCAAAACGUUGAUGCAACUAUAACAUUUUAAUUACAUAAAAGUGUUCAAGAUUAAACAAGUGAAAUGAAUCUCAGUAGGAAGGGAAGUCCAGCACAACUAAACUAAGUUCAACCAUAAUUCCAAAGAAUGGAAUGCAAUGAUUUGAAAAUCUCAAACCCAGAUUGUAUUCCCAAAAGAAUAAAAACAACAUAAAAUAUGUUGAAACUAAGUCAUUUUGCCAUUUCAUGGAAAAUAUUGGCUCAAUUUGAAUUUGAUGGCAGCAACACAUCUCAAAGUUGUGACAUGGUAAUGUUUUCAUUGUGUAGCAUCUAUUUUUUUAAUCUGGAGACCAGUGGCUGGAGUUUUAGGGGAGGAAUGUUGUCCCAUUCUUGUUUAAUGGAGGAUACUAUUUGUUCGGCAGUCCUUGACCUUUUGU